AUGCCCAGAACACCCUCCCUCUCUCCUCUCGCCGACCGCCGCCUAUCUGCUCAUGAGCCGUACGCUAGUGCAGCAGCGGAUAGCAGGCAGCCGGGGGAGAAGAAGCAGCCGCCGAGCUGUGACGCAUGUAGAGCUCGUAAGCUGAAAUGCUCGGGACGGCCGCAAGAGAUAGAACUUGGGCCAGAUUCUAUUGCGACUGUUCCUUGUGAUCAUUGCCGGGAAUGGAAUCUUGACUGUUCGUAUUUGUAUCAGCGGAAACGAAGGGGGCGGAAGAACAAGGUUGUAGAGCAGCUGGCAGAGGAACAGAGGGCGCGUAAGCAGCAGGCGACCGGUAAUGGUCUACUCGCGGAGCAGCAAGGCAGCUCAAACCAUGUCGGAGAGAGUUUGUCGAGGGAAGAUGGACAGAGGGGGAGGGCUUUUGAGGCGGCUCCGGAGGCAUCAUUCGGCAGUUCAAUCGCCCAAGAUGGGCUGUCCCACUUUCGGUAUCAACCAUUCAGCUCUCAUCCCCCACCAACUGCCUUCGACUACCGCCCACCCCCCCUCCCAGCCGCCCAUGCCGAAGCAAAUCUGGGCAGACACUACCCCCAGUCAUCUUCCAGGGAUAUCCCUCGUAUGGACCCUCCUCCCUCUGUCCGACACGAUACCAGACCGUAUCCGCCGACUUUCAACCUCGCGCCGGAUGGACCACAGCCGGCUGGUCCAUCGCCUGAAGACGGCGUCUCGCCGUCGAUAGCGUUGUCUGAAGCUUCGGUGCCGCCUACGACGACUAUAGAGUCGGUCUUACCGCGCGAUCUGGCAAUGCACUGUAUACAUAUCUACUUUGACCAUGUGUACUGUAUCAUUCCGGUCAUACACCGACCGUCGUUCAACGCGGAUCUGGCGGCACACGCAGAAGAGCGGAAUCCAGUAUUCUUUGCGCUCAUCAUGGCCAUGAUCGCUGCGACCCUCAUUCACGUGCCAAAAUCAUUCUUCCCAGCCCACCACCACGAUAGUAUCCGACGCCUCUCUGUCAAAUGUCUGAAGGCUUGCUAUGCCGUGACGAUCCGGGAGAUGGACAACACUAGUGUGGAUCUGAUCUGUAUCAAGUACUUGAUCUUUGUGGUGCAUAAUAAACAUGGGAACUCUGGGCUGGAAGCAUCAACGUUCGGGGAAGCGCAAUAUCUCGCCAUCAGCCUGGGUCUCCAUCGCGAAGACACAUAUGCCAACUUUGACCCCAUCACGGCGGAACGAGGUCGCCGGAUCUGGUUUCUCAUCUACAAUGCCGACAAGUUUGAAGCUGUUGCGCGACAUAAACCGGUCUUGUUGCGUAAUGACGAAUUUUUGGGUCCCGAGUCGACCUUGUUUCCUGCUGAAGUGGAUGAUAGUGCGAUCACAGUCCAAGGGAUCCGGCCCAGUUCGAAUCCGUUCCCUUUGAUAUGCGGCUUCAACAUUCUGACUCGUAUCGUCUCCAUACUUGGGGAGAUCCUGUUGAUGGAGCGGGAUAUGCGGCGUCGGCAGCCUAGUGAUCCUGAAGAACUACUCGCCGCGCUGAAAGAAGUGCGCAAAGUGCAACAGCAGAUCAAGCAAGUCACCGACAACCUCCCGAAACCGUUCAAGCUUGAUGUUGGACAAAGCAGCAGUAUCUUGCCGGAACCUGGAUGGGAGGAAGCGAUCAGAGACGAGCUGGACUUGUUUUUCGCCGAUCCAUUGUCAUCCGAGACGGCCAAAGACGGGUACCUCGUACUCAAAGGGAACAUCCACGUCACCCUCGCCAUGACCAGGUUGAGAUUGAUACUUCAUAGGGAAGACUUGUUGAUCAAGAGCGGACAGCCUGGGAGUUCGAAUCGGUAUGCGGCAGAGCUGAUAUCGACUGAUGUGGGGGAGAUGAGUACGGACUGGCGGCAGUCGGUGUAUAGGGAUUUGUUCAACACGGUUCAUUGUCUGCCAAUACAGGCUCUGGCCGCCAAUGGUCCAUCAGUUGUCACCAAAAUCCGAGUCGUGGCUGUAACACUCCUUGACGCGCUCCCCGCAGAAGAAGUCAACUCGAGUGUACAAGGGAUCGCAGAUUACCUUCUCGAUUUCUUGAAUAUCAUGAGCUCGAUUGAAGAUCAGACUGCGGACUGA